AACUCGCAGAGCGCCGCCCACCGCUCCAAAUAAGGGCAGCCUUCCCAUGUACGGCAAACAAUCGGUUCGAGAUUGCCUUUUUUCCUCUUCCUUAUCCAGUUUAUAUGAUCGGAGAGGAACUGCGCUUCAGGUUGGAAGCGGUGCGAUCAUGGCCGAGCGAGUCCAGCAGCCCCCAGCCAAGCGGCUCUGCUGCCGGCCCGGCUACAACCCGGCGUGCAGGCAGGGGCAGCGGGCUGGAGGAGUCCCGUGCGGCGGCGCAGGCUCCGCUCCGGGAGGGUCCGGGAACGGGAAAACGCACAACCCCGAGUCGCUGCUCGACAUCGCGGCGCGCAGGGUCGCGGAAAAGUGGCCGUUCCAGCGCGUGGAGGAGCGGUUCGAGAGGAUCCCGGAGCCCGUGCAGCGGAGGAUCGUUUACUGGUCGUUCCCGCGGAGCGAGAAGGAGAUCUGUAUGUACUCUUCUUUCAACGCCGGAGGAGAGGAAAGUGGAUCUAGCGGGGACAAUAAUGACGAGACCCAGCUGCCUUUCCUGCGGGGUGUCACUCUGCUGGAGGGUGGCUGGGUGGACAACGUUUUGCAAGUCGGUUUCCACCUGAGCGGCACGGUGACGGACCCCGCCACGCCCUCGUCCCCGGAGCUCGUCUGCAGCGUCAGCGUCAGCUUCGACCGCUGCAAGAUCACCGCCGUGACGUGCACCUGCGGCAACAAGGACAUCUUCUACUGCGCCCACGUCGUGGCGCUGUCACUUUACAGGGUGCGCAAGCCCGAGCAGGUCAAGCUGCACCUGCCCAUCUCGGAAACCCUCUUCCAGAUGAGCAGAGACCAGCUGCAGAAGUUCGUCCAGUACCUCAUAUCGGUCCACCACACCGAGGUGUUGCCUACGGCGCAGAAACUGGCCGACGAGAUCCUGUCGCAGAACUCUGAGAUCAACCAGGUCCACGGGGCCCCGGACCCUACAGCCGGAGCCAGCGUGGACGACGAGAACUGCUGGCACCUGGACGAGGAGCAGGUCCAGGAGCAAGUCAAGCUGUUCCUGUCCCAGGGGGGCUACCACGGCUCGGGAAAGCAGCUCAACCUGCUCUUCAGCAAGGUGAGGGAGAUGCUGAAGAUGCGCGACUCCAACGGAGCGAGGAUGUUAACACUGAUCACAGAGCAGUUCAUGGCCGACCCUCGGCUGGCGCUGUGGAGACAGCAGGGCACCACCAUGACCGACAAGUACAGACAGCUCUGGGACGAGCUCGGCGCUCUGUGGAUGUGCAUCGUGCUGAACCCCCACUGCAAACCCGAGCAGAAGUCGUCGUGGCUGCGGCAGCUGCGGCGAUGGAACAGCGUGGACGUCUGCCCCUGGGAGGACGGCAACCACAUCAACGAGCUGCCCAACCUUACCCACUCACUGCCCCAGGGCGCUCACGGUAACCAAGAGAUGCGACCCCACAGGACUGUGUUCACACGAGCCAUCGAGGCCUGCGACCUGCACUGGCAGGACCGACACCUCCAGCACAUCAUCGCCAGUGACCUCUAUGCCAACUACUGCUACCAUGACAACCAGGAGGGCUCCCUCUUCGACUCACGCGGCUGGCCCUUGUGGCAUGAACACGUCCCCACGGCCUGCGCUCGGGUCGACGCCCUGCGCUCGCACGGCUACCCGAGAGAAGCCCUCCGCCUGGCCAUCGCUGUGGUGAACACGUUACGGAGGCAGCAGCAGAGGCAGCUGGAGCACUUUCGACGACACAAAAAAGAGUUGCUCCAUAAAGGCCAUACCUCCAUAACCAACAUGGAGGGCUGGGUGGGGCACCCUCUGGACCCCAUCGGCACCCUGUUCAGCACCCUGACGGAGUCGGGACGAGCGGGCGAGGAAGGCUCCAACAUCUGCUUGGACCUCUCAGACUGCUCCAGCGUCGUGACCCGGGCUGACCUCCAGCGGAUGCCCGUGCAGCGGCUUCUGGGGGACGGCGAGUCGUACAUGGCGCUGGCGGUGGAGACGGCUCUGAUCGGCCUGGGCCAGCAGCGGGUGAUGCCCGACGGGCUGUACGCUCAGGAAAAGGUGUGUCGCAACGAGGAGCAGCUGUUGGCCAAGCUGCAGGAAGUGGAACUGGACGACUCCCUGGUCAAGAUCUUCCGUAAACAGGCCGUCUUUCUGCUGGAGGCUGGUCCGUACUCCGGCCUCGGAGAGAUCGUCCACCGAGAGAGCGUCCCCAUGCACACCUUCGCUCGCUAUCUCUUCACCUCUCUGCUACCUCACGACGCUGAACUGGCGUACAAAAUUGCACUGAGAGCCAUGCGGUUGCCGGUGUUGGAGUCCACGGCGUCGUCCGGCGAUCUGUCGCGGCCUCACCACAUCGUGUCUGUAGUCCCCAACCGCUACCCGCGCUGGUUCACGCUGAGCCACAUCGAGUCUCAGCAGUGUGAGCUGGCCUCCACCAUGCUCACUGCGGCUAAAGGUGACAGUCGGAGGUUAGAGACGGUCCUGGAGUCCAUCCAGAAAAACAUUCACUCCUCGUCUCACAUCUUCAAACUGGCGCAGGACGCGUUCAAGAUCGCCACUCUCAUGGACAGCCUCCCGGACAUCACUCUUCUCAAAGUUUCUCUGGAGCUUGGACUGCAGGUCAUGAGAAUAACUCUGUCCACGUUAAACUGGAGGAGGAGAGAGAUGGUGCGCUGGUUAGUCACGUGUGCCACUGAAGUCGGUGUCUAUGCACUGGACAGCAUCAUGCAAAGCUGGUUCACACUCUUCACCCCCACGGAGGCCACCAGCAUCGUGGCCACCACCGUCAUGUCCAACAGCACCAUAGUUCGCCUGCACCUCGAUUGCCACCAGCAGGAGAACCUGGCCUCGUCCGCCCGCACGCUUGCCCUGCAGUGUGCCAUGAAGGACCCCCAGAACUGUGCCCUCUCCGCCCUCACGCUCUGCGAAAAGGACCACAUUGCCUUCGAGACAGCUUACCAGAUUGUACUGGACGCUGCAGCAACGGGAAUGAGCUACACGCAGCUGUUCACCAUUGCGCGGUACAUGGAACACCGGGGCUACCCGAUGCGAGCGUACAAGCUGGCGACGUUAGCCAUGGCUCACCUGAACCUCAGCUACAACCAGGACACUCACCCGGCCAUUAACGACGUACUGUGGGCCUGCGCGCUCAGCCACUCGCUGGGCAAGAACGAGCUGGCCGCCGUCAUCCCCCUGGUGGUGAAAAGCGUGAAGUGCGCCACCGUGCUGUCUGACAUUUUGCGGCGGUGCACGCUCACCACCCCGGGCAUGGUGUCGGCGCUGCACAGCCGCAGGAACUCUGGGAAGCCGAUGUCGCUGGACAAGGCGCCGCUCAGGCAGCUGCUGGACGCAACCAUCGGGGCCUACAUCAACACCACGCACUCGAGGCUAACGCACAUCAGCCCGCGGCACUACAGCGAGUUCAUCGAGUUCCUGGGCAAGGCCCGGGAGACGUUCAUGAUGGCUCACGACGGACACAUCCAGUUCACCCAGUUCAUAGACAACCUGAAACAGAUUUACAAGGGCAAAAAGAAACUGAUGAUGCUCGUGCGGGAGCGGUUCGGGUGAAGGGCAGCGGCCCCUCAACCACUCUAGUACUUUUAUAUUAACUUGAGUCUGCCUUUUGAACUUUUUUUUUUUUGGACUAACAGACAGGUAAGAGGGAUGUGACUUGUAGGAUGAAGCAAAAAGAGAACGGAAAAGAUGACAAAAAAAUCAAGAGCCACAUGCGGUAUUAUUGUUCUUGCUGUUGUUAUUGUUAUAAACAUUAUUGCUAUUAUUAUUAUUAUUAUUAUUAUUAUUAAUAUUAUUACUAUUAUGUGUACAGAAGCAUUUUUUUAUUUUUAAGGAGAGAGGAAAUUUGUCACAUUGUGAAUGUUUUGUGUACUUCUCUACAUGUGCGCGAGAUGAAGAUGAAACGUGAAAUGGCUUUGUGUUUGUUUUUUUUUGUUUUUUUUUAUAUAUAUAUAUUUUUAUGAUUUUCAAACAUCUUUAUCCCCCAUUCUCAGUGUAUAUUGAGUUUUAGGUUAAUGAGUGGCUGUAGCCUUUGUACAAUAGCGCUCAUGUUAAAAACAAAAGACCAAUUUCAACGUCGCGGUAUCCUCAAAGAGAAACUAAGGCUUUAAAAUUACACAGAGCACCUCCCUCGGUCUAGGCCCUAGCUGAUGGGCACUGGGCAGCAUUGCACAGCUUAGCUCGGCUCGGCACAGCUUGGGUUAGCACUGACAUAAAAUGGCGCCAUCAGCAUUUCCUCGCGUAUAGCAGCAGCACUUGAGGAGCCUUUUAGCUUUCUCUGGGUCACUCCAUACAACAAUGCUCUUAGCUAACUCUUGUUCUUCUUAUCGUUGUCGUUAUCGUCGUAAAAAAAAAACUUUCCCCACCCGGUCUUAGACGCAGGAGCUGCAGCGAUUGACGCAUCAGGAAUUGAAGUAGUAUCUCUACAUUACGGUAAACGUAGGGCAGCUGGAGCCCUUUGGCGCUGAAAGUGAACGGAUUUGUGGCGCUUUUUGCGAAAGUAUUUACACCUCUUGAACUUUUCCUCGUUUUUGUCACAGCCACAAACUUCAAUGCGUUCUGUGGAGAUUUGAUGGUUUUGACCAAACGCAAAGUAGGGAAAGUAUAUAAAGUGUAUUUGUGGAGCGGAAGGAAAAUGAUGCGUCAUUUUUUUUUUUAUUUUAUUUUAUUUUUUUUAGUUUUUAUUAAAGGAUUUACAAAUCUGAAAAGUGUGCCAUUCACACGCAUGCAUUCAGCCCCUGAGUCAAUAUUUUUCUAGAAUGGUUUGGGGUAUGUCUGACUGAAACUUUUGCCCAUUCUUCCUUGCAAAAACUCUCAAGCUGAGUCUGAUUGAGAUGAGGGUGUCUGAACAGCCAAUUAAAAGUCUGGCAACAAAUUAUCAGUUUGAUUUAGGUCUGGUCUAAACCAUACAAUUGUUGCUCUGGCUUUAUGGUUAAGAUCUUUGUUCUGCUGGAGGGUGAACCUCCAACCCCGUCUCAACUCUUUUGCAGCCUCUAACAGCUUGUACCCCAGGAUUGCCCUGUUUUUAGCUCAAUCUAUAGUAAGUUAGAGUUUCUUCACGAUGAUGUGCAUAGUUGGUUUUCUAAAAGAAAUAGCGCUUUGUAAGCAACCUAAAAGUUUAAUUUUGGUGUCAUCUGACCAGAGGACCUUCUUCCACACGUCGGGGUGUCCUUUCCAUGAUUUGUGGUAAAUCCCAAAUAGGACUUUUUAUGCCUUCUAUUCCCACCCAACACUGGCGCUAUUUAAUAAAAGCCAUGUUUGGGGGAAUGCACAACUAUGUUGAGGUCAGGUUUAUUUAAAUAAAAAGUUUAAAGCAAAACCAUAGUACCACAGCGCCAAACAUGUCUGAUUCACACAAGUACUGAACCAUUAAGGCAAGAUACAACAGUGAAACAUUUAAAAAUCCAUAAAAAAAUAUGCCAAUUAAAAGUUUUUAAAAGCAGAGGCUUGAAUAAAAGAAACAAAACAAAGAAUUAAGGUUGUCAGGUCUAUGGGUUCUCCCACCUGAGCUGUGGAUCUCUGCAGUUGCUCCAGAGUUACAACGAGCCUAUUGGCUGCUUCUCUAAUGUUUUUCUUGCCUGGCCUGUCAGUUUAGAUGUUCAAAGCUUUGGAGGCAUUGUUUUGUCUGGAACUUUAUUCCUGACCCUCUUCACGAUUCUGUUUGUUCACUAAAUGUUCUCUAGGGCUAUCAGAGUAAACGGGGGGGCUGAAUGCAUAUGCAUGCCACACUUUUCAGACUCAAAAAGAGUUCAAGGGUAUGAAGACUUUUGUAAGGGGCUACAGUUUCAGUUAUUUUGCGUAAGAAAUUCCUGGGGGGAGACGACUACCUCAUAACGCGGUAUUGAACCUGCUCCCAGUUUCUGUUUUCAUGAUAUUUAUUGGCUACGAUAGCUGACAGUGUUAAUUAAAAAAAAAAUGCUGAGAUCCAGUCUAGGGUGGAAACAAAGAGUCAGACUCCUCCUGAAGUCCUUCCUACGCUCUGCUGCCCCUCCCUCGUCCUCGCUGCCCUCUCACUGUACGGUAUUUUCCAGCCCAGGCCAGUGUCACUUCCCUCUGUGCAUGUGAAUCACGGACAUUUAGACUUUCUACUGUUAUAUUUCGUCACGUGGAACAUUCAGCGACCGGAACGUUCUCAGGGAUUUUCUCUUACGCAGGAAAACAGGAAAAGUCGGAAACAAAAAAACGAACGUCUCACUUCGAGGAUGGAAGAAAAAGAAAAAGAAAAAGAAAAAAGAUGAUUAAAAAGAACCACGACAUGAGCAAGCAUUUAUUGUACUCUGUAUAUAUGCCAUAAUAUAUGUCUGGAUAUGGAGGAUCUGAAAGUAUAUGUUAACUAAUUUAUACAGAGUAUUCUAUGUAAUGUGAAAUACUUGAAGCCGCUGUAGUUUGCUCUCUGUCUCUCUCUCUUCCUCCCUCGCUCUCUGGCUCUCCAUCUCUCCAUCUCUUUCUCUCUUUUUUUUGUCUUCUCUUAUGUUCCUCUUUUGUUCAAAUCAACAUAUCAGAGAGACUAGCAUGACCUGCUUGAAGGUAUUUUUUUAUUUUUUAUUUUUAUUUUUUUUUGGACUCACAAGGCCACAAACGUUCCCGUUGGACACCCUGGAUAUUUUUGUCGGAAACGCAGGAUCACGUUCAGAGAGGACGACUUGGCUUCAUUCCUGCUGAUUGGUGCGUGGAAAAAGGGGGAGGGAGCUAGACUACUUCAGGUUUACUGGUCAGCAACACACAUGAUUUAUGAAGAUACUGGUCCAUGUCAGCUGUCACACCAGACUGCACUAGAAAAUCCUGUUUGGGGAGGGGGGGGGGGGGUAAUUAGGGGAAAUCUGGUUAAAAAUGGCGUCAUGUUUUUGUCCAGCCUUUUAAUGCAUUUCUGGAUAGUUCUCCGACGCAGUCCAUCUCAUUUUUGCUACAAAUAUAACCGUGGCCAGGGCAGUUUUGCCAUAAGCAGAAGCGAUUAGGGUCCCUGUUAGUAAUAACACACAGGUUCAGUAUCACAGAUCCAGCUUUUAGAAAGUGAGUCUACUCAGUUCUUCCAUCAGUCGCUGAAGAACUUACAGUGUCUCGUCUGCAAAGUUCAGCGCUCCUGUCUCAUUACUUGCGUCUUUUUUUUUUAUCUUAUUUUUCAUUUUUGUCUCGUCUGUGUUGUGUUGAUGAAAGAUAAAACAAAAAAGCAGCCUUUUCUCUUGCCUUUUCUUAACGCUUUAAAGUAACCAAACAGAAGAUCUAUCUAACAACCAAACGCGUUUGAAAGAGGUGAGAUACAACCAACCUUUUUGGUCCCAGCUUUAGUGUCCUUAAUUAGUAAGUGAAUGGAUGUGUAACUCCAUGCUUUAACAAAGCAAUUCCUCAUGCCUGUUUGAUGGGAAAAAAAAAAAUAUGUCGUCCAGUGUCUCCUGUUCUCUUUGGAAACGAUUUCCUCUUGAGUCGUCGAGCUGUUUUUUUUUUUUUUUCUACUUUUUUUCUUUUUUCUUUUUUUUGGUUUGUGUAGGAAUCUUCUGCGCUCCCGUUUUAUUUAUUACAAUGACCCAUGUAUACAUGCUUAUGAAAUUAAGAUUUGAUACACCGAUAUCAAUUUAUUUAUGUAACUAAAUCACUGUUUUAUAAUCUUGUUAAUGAGUCAAUAAUUGAUUUUUUUUUUGUUUUGUUUUAAUAAAAGUUAGUUUUUUGAACUGUAAA